CACACACACACUCUCACACACACACACCGCCGUGUGAAUGUCGCCGUGUUUCCUUCAAGUCAAUCUCCAUCAACACGCGUUUCUCCGUCGCUCGUUUUUCGCAAAAUCUGCCAGAUUUUCCUUCGCGACGCUGCAAAACAGCCGCACUUCGGGUUUCAACUGUGUUUACUGACAAAUCGCGCCGCACUGGAACUAUGAGCUUCAGCGGUCGGCGGGAGAGCGAGCGGCGGCUGCCCGGCUCAGGCGAGCCCUCCCCGGUGUGAGAGUCAAAUCGAGGCCGCUGUCGCUGCGGCCUAGUGCGGGCGGUUUAAUGUUUCACUCGACAACACAGAACAGCGCUCCGGCUCCAUCAGGAACAGCAAUGGCUUCUUGUGAUGACAGAUUGACGUUGAUUGACAGAUGAUGCUGGCGGUAAGGUUACCUGUGCAGGUGAGCGAGGCCCUCAGCAUCACGGCGGGAGAAUGAAGCUUCAUUCGGACUCGUGCGAGGACGCACACGCAUGUGAAUCUGCAUCACACGCCUCCCCGGACAUGAACCCGAACCUCCGUUUGACCUUGACCUCCUGCAACGGUUCGACUGACCAAUCAGGGCUGGAGAAUCUCACGGCACACUUGGACGACGAGGACGAUCUCAUGCCCGAGAUCCAGCAGGCCUUCAGAAUAUUUCAGAGCUUCCUCUCAGAGAAGCAUAAGUGCAUCACGGCCCCGUUCUGGCGUCCCGUGGGCCCAGGGGACCACGCCGGGAUGUGCUUCAGAAAGAUAGACGAUAAGUUCGUGAAUCGCGAGUACGAGUCCAUCACGGCGUUCGUGUCAGAUUUCAGACUGAUGCUAGAGAACUGUUACCGCUUUCACGGCGUCGAUCACUGGAUCUCCAAACAGGCCCAGAAACUGGAGAUCAUUCUAGAGCAAAAGCUGACCUUGUUGUCCAGGUCGCUGCGGGAGAAAACCACGCUGGCUGUGACCUCCGGAGGCCGGUUUGGGACGGAGGAUGAGAAAGCGGUGCUGGGCUCGUCAUCCAGACGGAGGUCGGUGCCCCGGAGCAUCAUGGGAGGCGGCAGCGAGUCCAUCAUGGUGCAGGCGCUGAGACUGGAGGAGCUGCAGCGAGCCAAAGACGAGAAGAGGCAGCGAGAGCAGGAGCGUAAGGAGGCCGAGGAGGCCUCAGGGAAGGAGCUGGAGGACUGGGAGAGCUCUUUACUGUCUCUGGCCGAGCCGUGUUCACUGUGGAGUCUGUGGGAACUUCCUGCCAUCGGUCACUUCCUGUGCCUGGCUCAGACGGCGCUCCACCUCCCGGAGAUCGUCUUCUACGAGCUGGAGCGCUGUCUGCUGAUGCCACGCUGCAGCGUAUUCCUGGCGAAGGUCAUGACGGCGCUCCUCUGCCCCCCGCAGAAGAGAUCCGGCUUCCCCCGCCGCACGCCGCUGCUCUACAGACGGUGGGAGAGCGAGCUGCGCCGCCGCGUCCAGAGCUGGUACAGAGCGGUCGGCCGCGCCGAGGAGGCACGCCAGGCGGCGCGUGCGCAACGCCUCGGGCUCUGUCCUCAGUUCUUCUGGACUCUGGGAGCGGUCAGUCCUCUGGAGGAGACACCCUUCCACCUGCUGCCCUUCCAGCAGCGCGUCUGGCUCCUCAAGGGCCUCUGUGAUCACGUGUACGAGACGCAGAAGGAGGUGCAGGAAGCUGUGCUCGCGCAGCCCAUCCACGAGUGCCGCGAGUCCAUCCUGGGCUACGACCAGCAGGACAACACAUACAUUCACUUCCCACACUUCUGCGGCGCUGACCUGCGGAUCUACAGCCAGAGUCCCUGCGGAGCCGCGGAGCCACCGCUGCCACGGAUCCACAUCCAGAGAUCCCAGGAACCAGAGGAGGCAGAGCUCAGGGACCAGACAUAUGAAGUAAAGGUGGAGGAGGAAAGCUCCAGCAGGAACACAUGGGACAUGAAGGAAGAUUCACUCGCUGACGGAGAGGAUCUGGAUCAGAAAUGCUCCUCCGGCGUUCCCUCGUGGUGCAGAGAAGAUUCUCUGGACUCUGUGAGCGUCCGAGGACAGUUGACGGAGGACAGGCGGCUCGAAGACGAGGAGUCUGACUGCGAGCCGUGUUUCAGAGUCGGAGACAGCUGCUAUAAAGGCGUCUCGCCGGCUCUGAACAGUCACAGAAGUCCUAGAAACGAUGCGAAUCACUUGAGCGCCGAGGAACGAAGCCCCUGUCCGGAUUGUUCCGGAGCGUCGCAGGAAUCUCCGCGUUUCUGGACUGGAAACACACGCCUGCGACGGGACGAAUCCGGACCGACACGAGCCCAGAAGAAGAAGAGGAAGAAGAAGAAAGAGAGGAAGGUCGGCAUGAAGAAAACGAAGACGAGCAAACUGAGCUUGAAGAACCGAACGGCUAGAAGCAGCCUGCAGAGAGCCGCCAAAAACAUCAAGAAGAAAGACAAGAGGAAGAGACACAAACUGGGAAAGAGGUUUGAUGGGAAGGCGAGGUUAGGAUCUGCUCCGCCGGCAGCUGAACCCACGUUUCAGUUGGUUUGCUCCAGUCUGGAUGAUCUCAGAGUCCUAAUCAGUAAAAUAGAAGAUCAACUAGAUGAACUGGACGGCAAAAAGAGAUCUGGACGAUGGCCCCAUAAAAGAGCCGCCGUGAAAGAGUUGCACAUCACACUUAUAAGGCUGCUUAAUGAGCUGUUACCAUGGGAACCCAAACUCGUCAAGGCCUUCCAGAGGAACAGAGCGCGCUUGAAAAAGGAGUGUGACGAAUUCAAAAAACACCCCGAAUAUGAGAACUUUAUCAGGGAGCAGAUGGAUACAGAAGAUACUGGGGAAGUUGCAUGCAAAGAUGAAUUGUUGUCCGCAGAGAAAACAAACAAACUGGAAGAGAGUGAAGUCAAAAUGGGCAAAACUAUGAAGGAAGAUUCUGAGACAACAGAGAAUGUAAAUCACGAAUCAAGAUGCCUAGUUGACCGACCUGAUGUUGUCAUGUAUUCGUCAGAGUCUGGACCCUUUACACGCAGUUCAAAGCGGCGCCAAACUGGUGCAAUCAGUGAGGAACUGAGUCAAUGCAAGAGAGGCAAAAUGGACCCAGAGAGCUCUUUGAUAUCUGACUUUAAUGUGGAAGUUGCAUCCAGAGAAGCUUCACAAGCUUCAGUGUUGCCUGAGCCUUUAAGUAGCUUUCAGGGGACUUGCAAACCCAUCCAGGCUUUGCUGGCUAAGAGUGUUGGAAACAAAGUGACCUUAAUAAGUCAUCCGAAGGCUGCAAUGAUGGCUCAGGUUCUGCGGGAUCAUAACAAAACAGCAUCUGUAACUCUGCCACCUGUCCGAUUAUCAACUACCUGUGCAUCUACGCAACACUCUGAACCUGUCUCUACAGAAACAAUAACUAUGACAUCUGCGACCGAAAGCACUGGACAGGUGGUGUACAAGACGGCAGGAGGCGUGGGGCUUCUCAGGCAAGGAAGCACUUCUGUAAACUUUUCAGCGCAAUCAAUAUCAAAUCAAAAAUCAGGAGCGAAGGCGAUGCAACAAGUUGUUAUCCUGCCUUCAAAUCUACUGAUUCAAAGCACUGGGAAUAAGGCAGCCCAAACCUCUGUAUCUGUCCCUAAGACUACAACGUACAUGUCCAAUGUUUCAGGGUUCACUAUACCGGAAAACAAGGUUCCUGUCCAGCCGGUGGCACCUUUGAAAGAUACCAGCGCUGUAAGAACACCGUCUGCUGUAGUUACUCCCAGUUUAAGGAACAUAACGACUGUUGGUGUGCCUAAAAAGACUACUGAACCAAAGGUGGCCCUGAACAAAUCAGCCAGCAGUGGUCUGACCAAAUCUGAUGCUAAACAGGAGCUCAGGACAGUGUGUAUUAGAGACUCUCAGUCCAUCCUUGUCACUACUAGAGGAGGCAACACAGGAGUGGUGAAGGUUCAGACAUCAGAAAGUGGAACGGGGGCUUUGCCACCCAGCCCAGUUUUUAACAUCUCGCCCCAACUUCAUGCCUUUCUGGUGUCAAAGUCUUCCACGUCUAAUACACAAGCUGUUUCGGCCACCAUUGCUGCUAAAUCUCUACCUGGAGUCACUCCUCAGUCUACUUUUGUGGCAGGAACUGUCACUCCUUUAACCUUAAAUCAGAUUUCCAAUAACGGCACUACAGGCAAAACAACAAUCCCUGGUAAAUCCGCACUCCUGGCUACAAGCAAAGGCAGUGAUCAUUUCCUAAUAAAUGCGAAAGAUUGCGCUCAGCAGAAUACGGUCUCUAAAUGUGGAACGAAGCCCCCACAAAAAAGGGCUCCACCAGGAAGCACAACUCCAGACCAAUCGACUUUCCAAAAGGUUUUUCUGGUCACACCUUCACCAAAUAUCCCUUCAAAGGUCACUACUACUACUACAGCAACCUGUACCGUUCCAGGAUCUCGGGUCAUGUUCAUAAGCAACUCAGCACUUACCAUUCCAAAAGAGACGUCAACUUCAGAAGUUAACAUUUCCUCUACUAGUACACCAGCAUUGAAAGUAGUUCCCAACUUUGGGAUCUUAUCCUGCACUUCUUCAGGUACAAGCAUCCAGAGCAUCGGUGUCCCAGGGUUAACAUCAAGAAUACUUGGCACAAACAAGAAACCUGAAGCUUCAAUGAAAACUACACCUGUGAUCGUCUCCAGAGUACCUGCAACAUCAACCACAAGUGGACUCCAGAUUGGUCCAAAAAGCUGUUUGGUUGCAAGCAGAAGUCUGUCAGGGAAUACCGACAGUGCUUCGAAAGUACCUCGGACUGUUGACGGCAAAACGUUCACGUUUUCAACUCUAGGCACCGGCCACAUGGCUUCCUCUGCACUUUUGUCAGUUAUGAAACCAGAUGUACCUCCAUCAGUUUCAGCGUUAAAUGCUCUUCACUGUAAAACAGGGUUAUCGGCUGGCAGCUCUACUUCUAAUACAUCUUCCUCUUAUUCAGGAAGCCUAAUUACCAAACACACUACGUUACCAAUUAAUGUGACUGCUAACAAGCCAGUGAUCACAUCCCUUUGCACUUCACACUCACUGAUCAAAACAACAGCCAAUACUUCCGCUUCUGCAGUAUCCAGUACUUUUGCAUUGAGUUGCAGCUCCACUUUAACUCCUCCGGUGGUCAUGUCCUCUGGGAUCCAACCUCUGACCUCUACAACCAAGAGUGUUCAGGAGAAAAUCGUGAUCAACACCACUGCCCCACUUGCCCCUGGAACUCAGCUCCUGAUCAAUAACACCAGAUUUGUUGUACCUUCUCAAGGCCUUGCACCUGGCAGCCAUGUUGUGCUUAUCUCCAACUCUUGUCCUGGAGGAAUGCAAGGGUCAAGUAUUGAUGGUUCUCAAAGAUUGCAAGGGCCAAGUCCUGCUGGUCCUCAAAGAUUGCAAGCGCCAAGCCCUGCUGGUCCUCAGAGAUUGCAAGCGCCAAGUGCUGCUGGUCCUCAAAGUUUGCUAGGAUCAAAUCCUGUUGGUUCUCAAAGAUUGCAAGGUCCAAGUUCUGCUGGUCCUCAAAGAUUGCAAAGGCCAAGUCCAGCUAAUCCUGGAGGAUUGCAAGGGCCAAGUUCUGCUACUCCUGGAGGACUGCAAGGGCCAAGACCUGCUGGUCCUCAAAGAUCGCAAGGGCCAAGUCCUUCUGGUCCUCAAAGAUUGCAAGGGCCAAGUCCAGCUAGUCCUAAAAGAUUGCAAGGGCCAAAUCCUACUGGUCGUCGAGGAUUGCAAGGGCCAAGUCUUGCCAGUCCUGGAGGAUUGCAAGUCCCAAGUCCUGCUUCCACUGUUUCUAGAGGUCCAAACACUUCAGUUACUCACACGGUUCCUUCAGUUGUACAAGGUGUGAGAUUGGUAACACCGGUCAGGCUACCCUUGGCAAAAGUUGGACCUUCUGAUCAACUCCGUCAGCAACUGAGCACCAGAACUCCAUUGAAUGUGUCUGGUCCUACUGCUCUCUCACAAGUAGCACAAGCUCUGUGUCCUGGUGUAUCUUCAGACAUUGUGAGACUUCCUAUCUUUCAAACCUCCAAUGUCUCAAUUACAGCAUCACAAGGUACGACCGGGUGUCCCAAAGAAACCUCUCUUUCCCAAGGAGGUUUACUAAGCACAACUUCUCCAGUGCUCUUGCCAGGAAGACUAUCCGAAAACCAAGUGGCACCAGUCGUACCACCAUCAAAAGCUGUGAUUCCAAGGCAUUUGCCUAUGGUACCACACAUGAGCAGCACGAUAUCACGGAUGCAGAAACUUCCGGUUGCAAUGGUUCCACCAAUCGGUGGUGCAAACAAUGCCAGUCCAGACACACUCAUUGCAACCGCUCCUCCAUCUAUGAGCACGGUCAUAAUGACACCUUGUCCACCUAUCAGAGCCGUGCAACCUGGGACAAUCGGAAAGCCUGUUAUUUUACCCCAGCCAUCGCAAGGUCAAAGCACGGUUCCUGUACAAGUUCCCACUCUUGCUAAACUGUUGUUGAGCCCAGAUGGUGCUGUCUUAAAUAUCAUUCAAGCUUCAGCCUCAAGCUUGCAAGUAUUGGCAAAGCCAAUGGCCGCUCAAGUGGUCAGUUCCUCCUCAAGUAGCGUUACUGUACCUAUUUUAAACACAAGUGAUCCACUGAGAAAACCAGAUACCUUGGGGAGACCCAAUCACUGAAAUGGUUCUGGAGGUUGUCUUGUUUUCCUGUUGUGAUCACAGAGGACAGUCUGUUUAGUGUUUUGGGCUUUGUUGAAAACAAGUGGGCUUCCUUUGGUUCCAUUUCCUCCCCGUGUUGAUAGGCUGAAUACUAAAUACCUAAAUUAAUAUUUUGCGCAUUUUGCUCUUUAUAAUACAUAUUGAGGGGAAAUCGGUUAUCCUUAGUUGUAAAUAAAAAUGGUUUCGCAAAGAGAAAUUUGGAGAUUUCAAAUGGCCAGUAAUGUACAUAACAGUGUUUGGCUGACUCUUUUCUACUCCAUUUGUAUGCAAAGGUUUGAAUGUUUUGUAGCAUUUUCCAUUAAAAUGAUUAAUAUUAUUCUGUAGAACAGUCUUCAGUCUAUUUAAGAGUAUGUCUGGCUGAUCUCAAGCCUGCGUUAGUGCAUUCAGGCAUAGGUUGAGUAUUAUCAGACAUCAUCUGAUAACAGUUUGAUUUUGUGUUUCAUCUAUAUUCAUGAAAAUAAACUUGGCAUAUUUAUGACUGAAGUAAAACAUUGGUGUACUGUGCUUGUCAUUUGAGUUUG